GCUUGCGGCAGCACACGUGGGAAAACCACGUUGUAUCAUUAGAACCCAAAUGGCUUCGUGCAGCAUAGAAGAUGUGCUCGCUAAAGCCGAGAGAGACGAGGCUGAAAAGCUAAAAGGUAUUACAGUAAACAAAGAGUUAGAUCUCGAGUUUGACCCGGGUAAUUUGCUUGCGUUUGAUAAAAACCGGCUAGACACUCGGGAAUUUAAAGACAACAAGCGGGAAGACUUUCUGCGCUCGUUAGCGAGAGAUAACACUCAACUCCUCAUCAACGAGAUGUGGAAACUUCCGACAGAAAGAGUUGAAGAAAUCAUCGUAGCCAAGCUGCCAGAUCCAACCACUCCGUUCCCCCGGGAAAAGCCUGCACCAAAACCAAAGCCCCCUACAAAGUGGGAACAGUUUGCCAAACUGAAAGGCAUUCAGAAGAAAAAGAAGACCAACUUAGUCUGGGAUGAUGUUCAUAAGGAAUGGAGGAGGCGAUGGGGAUACAAACGUGCCAAAGAUGACACCAAGGAAUGGCUGAUAGAGGUCCCAGAGAAUGCAGAUCCCAGUGAGGACCAGUUUGCUAAAAGGAAUAAAGCCAAGAAGGAGCGAGUGGCCAAGAAUGAGUACAACAGACUCAAGAACAUCGCCAGAGCUCAGAAGAUCAAGGUGCCAGGCAUGGGACUAGCACCCACCCCUCGGCAGUCCAAAGCAGAGCUGGCACAAGCCGUCAAUGUCGCCAAGAUCUCCACGGCCUCUGUUGGUAAAUUCCAGGAUAACCUGCCCAAGGAGAAAACGCCUAAAAACACUGGGAAAAGGAGAAAAUUCCAGCCUCUUAUUGGUGACUUUGGUAGUGAGAAACAAAAACAGCUGGAGUUACUGAAAGUGAUGGACAGUAAGAAGCCACGUCUUGACAUCACCAAAGCUGUGAAUAAGCAAAUGAGGGAAGAGGAUAGGGAAUCGGCACAUAAGAGGAAGCAAGGCUUUGGAAAGAAGGGACGGAGGGGAAACAUGUCUGGUAAAGGAAAAGGAAAGGCUGGUGGAAAGGGAAAGGCUCCCAAAGGCAAAGGACAGAAACCUCACAUGAAGCAAGGAAAGCGCUAAAAUCUACAG